UGUUGACUUUGCACCGUCAUGGUGAUGUUGUCAUGCAGCUGAAUGAAAGAUCUCUCAGUGUUAUAAACAGCGAUGUCUACCUAUAUCCUGGGCAUAGACGUGGGUACCACUUCAGUAAAAGCUGUAUUAUUAGAUACUAGCUCCAGGUCGGUGGUUGAGAGUCAGGCUUUACCGACUUUGUCUGAUGUAGCCGACAACAGCGGGAUAAAGGCAAAAGAGCAAGAGCCCGUCCGGAUCAUAGACGCCGUGAACAGAUGUAUCGGUCUACUGUCCAAGGAAAAGCUGCAGCAUGUCCGCAGCAUCGGACUGUCCGGGCAGAUGCAUGGAGUUUUAUUUUGGAAUGCCAAGAGCGGCUGUGAUUGGUCCAACAGGGACUUCUUCACACCUAGAGACACUAGUCAGCUGAUCACCUGGCAGGACGGACGCUGUAGCAGUCACUUCCUGUCCUCUCUUCCAAAGCCAGACUCACAUCUUAGUGUAGCCACAGGGUUUGGCUGUGCAACAAUCUUCUGGUACACGAGACACAGGCCUGGGUUCCUUGAGGACUUCACCAUUGCAGGGACCAUCCAUGACUAUGUGGUAUCCAUGCUGUGUGGUUUGGACGUUUGUGUGAUGACUCCUCAGAAUGCAGCCAGUUGGGGUUUCUUCAACACCUCGUCCAAUCAGUGGAACUUUGAUAUUCUAAAGGAGGCCGACUUCCCAUUGCACCUGCUGCCUCAGUGUGUACCAUCUGGUAGCUUGGCUGGAAAGACGUGCUCUGAGUGGCAUGGUAUCCCUGCUGGUACACCAGUAGCAGCCGCCCUAGGAGACUUCCAGUGCUCUGUCUACUCCUGCAUGAGUUCCCCGACUGAUGCAGUUUUGAACAUCAGCACCUCUGCACAGCUAACCUUUGCCAUGCCAGCUGACUUCAGACCUCCAGACUCUCCCCAGCCUGACUCCUCCAUCGCCUACUUUCCUUACUUCAAGGACUUGUACUUGGCGGUGGCGGCUUCUCUAAAUGGAGGGAACGUGUUGGCCACCUUUGUGGAGAUGCUCAGUGCCUGGAUGAAAGAGCUCGGUGCAGAGCUGAGUGAUUCCAGCCUGUAUGAGAAGCUCAUCAGCAGCGCCCUGAAUCAGAAAACGAGCGACCUGCGGGUGAGUCCCACCAUCCUGGGAGAGAGACAUGACCCCCUCAGCCUCGGCCAAGUCACCAACAUCUCCACCAACAACCUGUCUCUGGGUCAUGUGACCAGGGCACUGUGCAGGGGAGUGCUGGACAAUAUCACCUCGAUGAUGCCUUCUGAGCGGCUUCAACAGGCAGGGGUGAAGAGGAUUGUGGGUAGUGGGAGUGCAAUUGCCCGGAAUGAGGUACUUAGGCAGGAAGUGGAAAAGGCGUUUUCUCAGCCAGUGGUGUACAGACAGAACACAGACUCUGCUGUUGGGGUUGCCAUGGUUCUCUGUGAUUUACUUUGAAUAAAUCGAAAGGAAACGCUGAACUGUUUACAUCAAUAAUCUUGAAGUCUGCACAUUUUAGAGAAUCAUGAUUAAUAGGCAGGUAAAAAGGAAGGCAAAUUAAAGGGCUACAAUCAGUGUUAAUUUUGGCAGCACUUUUUAAUUUAGUUUUAGUUAUAGUCUUUUGCCAAAAAUAUCUUUUGGUUUUAGUCAUAAUUUAGUCAUCUCAAUUGUUUCUUUUAGUCUAUUUUUAGUUGACGAAACUUCCCAACAUUUUAGUCGACGAAAUUUACAGUAUAUUUAGUCAACUGGUUGUUGGAUCUCUCUUCAACUUACCCCGCCACCACGCAGCAAAAGCAGUUGUGAUUGGACCUCCGCCGUAUCUCAUCCCACCUUUCCACACAGACAGAGUAGCUGUGAUUGGAUGUAUGCCUAACUUGCCCCUACUUUCUACAUGACGAAAUUAGG